AUGACUUCCAAGGGCCAGGGGGCCGUGGCCUCAUCCACGAUCUCCUCCGGAGUGCCUCCAGAACUGCCUGGAGCGCCAACAAAUGUCGCCAUCAGCAACAUCGGCCCUCGUUCUGUCACGCUACAGUUCCGGCCGGGGUAUGAUGGGAAGACCUCCAUCUCCAGGUGGCAAGUGGAAGCCCAGGUCGGUACACAAGGGGAAUCUGAAGACUGGGUUCUCAUACAUCAGUUGCCCAAUGAGCCCAAUGCCCGAGCCAUGGUGGUCCCGACCCUAAACCCGUACACUUUUUACAGUUUUCGGAUGAGACAAGUGAAUAUUGUGGGCACCAGUCCACCCAGUCUACCCUCCAGGAAGAUACAGACUCUUCAGGCUCCUCCUGAUAUGUUCCCAGCAAAUGUGACCCUCCGCACAGCCAGUCAGACCAGCCUGUGGGUGCGCUGGGUGCCGUUGCUGGAGAUGGCGUACAAUGGAAACCCGGAAUCUGUGGGCUACAAGAUCCGGUACGUGAGGUCCGAUGGCAAAGGAGAGUCCUUGACGCACGUGAUUCAUGACCGGGUGGAGCGGGAGUACACCAUCGAGAACCUGGAAGAAUGGACGGAAUACUCCGUACAGGUUGUAGCGUUCAACUCCAUUGGGACGGGACCCUGGAGCCCCGCUGUGGUCGCCAGGACCAGGGAGUCAGUCUCCUCCUCCGGGCCCAGCAAUGUCUCCGCCCUGGCCACGACAUCGAGCAGCAUAUUGGUGCGCUGGAGCGAGAUCGCCGAGUCGGAGAGGAACGGCCUCAUUCUGGGGUAUAAGAUUCUUUACAAAGAGAAGGACUCGGACAAUCCGCCUUAUUUCUGGCUGGUGGAAGGGAACGCCUCUCGCAGCGUCCAGCUGACCAAUCUGGGGAAGUACGUGUUGUACGAGAUCCAGGUCUUGGCCUUCACCAGGAUAGGGGACGGCGUGGCCAGCACACCAGCCAUUCUGGAGAGAACGUUGGAUGAUGUUCCAGGGCCCCCAGUAGGAAUACUCUUUCCUGAGGUGAGAACCACCUCCGUCCGCCUGAUCUGGCAGCCGCCAGCCGCCCCCAAUGGCAUCAUUCUGGCCUAUCAGAUAACUCACCGGCUCAAUACAACCAAUGCCAACACCGCUACGGUGGAUGUUCUGAACCCAAGCGUACGGCAGUAUACCGCUACCGGGCUGAGGCCAGAGUCCGUCUACCUGUUCAGAAUCACCGCCCAGACUCGCAAAGGAUGGGGGGAGGCGGCUGAAGCGCUGGUGGUCACCACGGAGAAGCGAGAUCGUCCUCAGCCGCCCAGCAAGCCCGGGGUUCUACAGGAAGACGUGAAAUCCCGGAACGUCCUCUUGACAUGGGAACCUGGCAGCGAUGGCCUGUCUCCUGUCCGUUACUACACCAUCCAGACCCGAGAAUUGCCCAAAGGGCGUUGGGUUGUCCACUCCGCCUCCAUCAGCCACAAUGCCACCUCUGCUGUCGUGGACAGGUUGAAACCUUUCACAUCGUACAAGUUCAGAGUGAAAGCCACCAAUGACAUCGGGGACAGCGAAUACAGCGAAGAGUCGGAAUCCCUUACCACUCUGCAGGCUGCGCCCGACGAUUCUCCGCUAGUCCUCUCCGUGACGCCUCACACCACAACCUCCGUGUUGAUUCGCUGGCAGGCGCCAACAGAGGACAAGAUCAAUGGGAUUCUCCUAGGCUUUCGCAUCCGCUACCGGGAACUGGUGUACGACGGGAUGAGAAGUUUUACCGUGCACAACAUCAAGAACCCGGACGCCAAAUGGGCCGAGCUGACGUCGACCUACAUGAUCCGGAACCUCAGCGAACCGACCCUCUCCCAGUACGAGCUGGACAAUCUGAACAAGCACAAGCGAUACGAGAUCAAGAAAUCAGCGUGUACAACGCCGUUGCGUGAAGGGCCGGCAAGUGUCCCCCCAGGAGGUGUUUGUGGGAAGAAGCAGUGCCCACAGCUCCACCGCAGAAUGUCGCGAUACAGACUGCCACGGCGGUACAGCUGGAUGUGACAUGGGACCCGCCACCUCUGGAAUCACAGAAUGGAGACAUCCAGGGAUACAAGAUCUACUUCUGGGAAGCUGCACGGAAGAACGAGACUGAGAAAGUGAGGACGUUGUUUCUUCCGGAGAGUGGGGUAAAGCUCAAAAACCUGACGGGGUACACCAACUAUCUGAUCAGCGUGGCAGCAUUUAACACGGCCGGAGAUGGCCCCCGCAGCCAGCCCAUCCGCGGCCAGACACAACAAGCUGCUCCCAGCGCCCCGGCGUCCAUUCGGUUCAGCGAACUGACCACCACCUCUGUGAACGUGUCCUGGGACGCCCCUGUGUACCCCAAUGGAAUUCUGGAGGGGUACCGGCUGGUUUAUGAGCCCUGCACCCCAGUCGAUGGAAUCAGUAAGAUAGUGACGGUGGAUGUGAAGGGGAACAACCCCCUGUGGAUGAAACUGAAGGACCUGGCCGAGGGAGUGACCUACCGCUUCCGGAUACGAGCCAAAACCUUCAUCUAUGGGCCGGACUUGGAAGCCAAUGUGACCACCGGACCUGCCGAUGGAGCACCAGGACCACCAGGAGUGCCGUCCAUCUCCCGGUACGGCUCAUUAAUCGCCAUCCAAUGGUCAAGUGGAGAUCCAGGAAGGAGUCCGAUCACCAGAUACGUCAUAGAGGCCCGGCCUUCAGAUGAAGGAUUGUGGGACAUUCUCAUCAAGGACAUCCCAAAGGAGGCCACGUCCUACACCUUCAACAUAGACAUCCUGAAGCAGGGCGUCAGCUACGACUUCCGCGUCAUUGCCGUCAACGAUUACGGAUAUGGGACCCCCAGCCCCCCCUCUACAUCCGUCGCAGCCACGAAAGCCAACCCGUUCUACGAGGAGUGGUGGUUCCUGGUCGUCAUCGCGCUCAUUGGUCUCAUCUUCAUUCUUCUUCUGGUGUUUGCUUUGAUCAUCCGGGGACAGAGCAAGAAAUAUGCCAAAAAAUCAGAUUCAGGCUGUAACCCCAAAAAUAGCACGCUGGGUCACGGUGAGAUGGUCAGCCUAGACGAGAGCCGUUUCCCGGCGUUGGAACUGAACAACCGGCGGCUGUCGAUGAAGAAUUCCUUCUGCAGAAAGAACGGGAUCUACACGAGGUCUCCACCCCGCCCCAGUCCUGGAAGCCUUCAUUAUUCAGAUGAGGACGUAGCCAAAUACAACGAUCUCAUUCCUACCGAGAGUGGAAGUCUGACCGAAAAGCCUUCGGAGGUAUCCGAUUCACAGGGCAGCGACAGCGAAUACGAAGUGGACCAGAACCAGCAGAAGACCCAUUCCUUCGUCAACCACUACAUCAGCGACCCCACCUACUACAACUCCUGGCGGCGGCAGCAGAAGGGCAUAUCCCGGGCGCACGCCUAUAACUACACAGACAACGACCUGGAGGACACAGAACACUGUAUCAUACCCAACAGCAACAGCAGUCAGCAGGGCAGCCUGUACAGGCCCAAACCUAGUCGGACUCCAACACCUCAGCAGGCCCCGAGCCAACAAAACCCCAUCUACCACCCGCCCAGCGGCCUCACCCCCCACAUCCCGGGCCCCCAUCGCUGGAUUUUCAUCCUUCGUUUGA